AUGUGUGACGCCAAUUAUAAUUUUACGUUAGUCGAUAUUGGUGCAGCUGGGAGAUGCAGCGAUGGUGGAGUUUUUUCAAACUCUGAAAUGGGCAAGGGUUUCAUAUACAAUAAUUUAAAUUUUCCAGCUGAUAUAGAAAUACAUGAAAACAGUGGUCCAAUUCCAUAUUAUGCACUAGGGGAUGAAGCGUUUCCAUUACUUUCAAACCUUAUGCGUCCUUAUCCAGGAAGAGGUAAACGAAAACUACCAUUAAAGGAAUCCAUUUUUAACUAUAGGCUUUCCAGAGGUAGACGGACUAUAGAAAACACUUUUGGGUUAAUGGCCUCAAAAUGGCGGAUUUUUAGAAAACCGAUAAUUGCUGGACAUAAAACUGUUAAUGCAAUUACAAAAGCUGCUGUUGUACUGCAUAACUUUGUAAAACUGUCUGAAAACAAUACUGGUGUACGGUAUUAUAGUGGAACUUUAGGCACCGAACAAAGCAAUCAGUGGGAACCACAGGCAGCUUUAGAACCAGUCCACCGAUUAGGAACUAAUACAUACACAGCAGACGCUAAAGCAAUAAGAGACAAACUUAAAGACUAUUUUUCAGCUGAAGGUGCGACUUUAUUCCAAUAUGAAAGAUUAAUUAAUUUAUAA